AUGGAAGAAGGCGUCGCUGCUAGCAAGAAUGAUUGCGAAAUGAUCGCGUCUCUGCUAGCUUACCCAGACAUCGACGUGAACAAACACGACGAAGCGUAUGGUACAACUCCUCUGGUGACUGCUGUUGCAACCAACAAACUGGAAGCUGUGAAGCUACUUCUGCAGCACAAAGACAUCGACGUAAACGCAAAGAAAUGGAAUUAUUGGACAGCGUUGAGACAUGCAAAAGCUCACAAGCACAACGAGAUCGUCGACCUCCUCCUCUCCCACGGCGCCAUCGACUACGACGCCAACGCACCAUCAGCCGUACCAACAACCACACACAUCGACAACUCGCAAAAGACCAGUUUGCAACCUGACCACGAAGCGCACUUCGAUCCAUUCGACGACGAUAUGGACGACGUACCAACCGAAGCUUGGGAAGAGUUUCUCGCCAUGGAGGAAGGAAUGGAAGAAUGA